AUGACCGCACGUAGCAUCCGCAACCACCACGCGCAGCUCGAGGAAGAGGAGUCGGGGUCCAGGGAGGCGAAUGCCUACUGGCAGCAGGUCAAUUCAGGUCCAAACAUUUCUAUCACCGAGUUGGAUCCAUGGGAAGAGGAGGACAAGGAGGAGGAGGAGGAACAUGUUCGGUCAAAGGAAGGUGGGCACACUGAUGGGGAAAGGACAUGGAAGUGGGAUGCGACCAACAUGAUUAUGGUGAGCGAGGCGAAGUCGCUUAGCUCAAGGGGAUUGGAGAAAAAAAACCCACUGAAGAAGACCGAGAUGACCCCCUGUGGAAAAGCCAAAAAUGAUGAUGCGAAAAGAAAAGAAGAAGACAAAAUGGAAAGCAAGAAGAAGUGUGUGAGGUGGGAAAAAAACAGGCUUGCCACUUCGAACGGUACACUCCUAGUGGGAAUUCAUUUAGGUAAUCAUUUGAACCCUCGUCUGGCCCCGUGUCUAAGCACCCCACACGAGGUGAAGAAGAAAAACAAACUUGGAGAAAAGUCAGUGGAAGCCCCCAGCGUGAGAAAAAUAACCACACAGGAUACACAUAACCUGAAAGGACCCCUCGUGAGCGAAUUAAAAAGAGGUUGUAAAAUGGUAACCAUGAAGGGAUGGAACAAAACCAUAAUGUCUCUUAACAGAGUUAAGGAAUGCGUUAAGGAUACAAAGAAUUGUAAAUCGUCCUUUGUGAAAAAAACGAUCAGUAGAGUGGCAACUCCUCACCCUCCCUUCCAUUGUGUUCCUCUAAGGGGUGAGACAAAAUGGAAGAAAAGCGAACAGGGGUUUCACUCGAGAAGUGUGCACAGGAGGAGGACUCCAAUAGGGAAAGUCAAAAGUAUCCCCAAGGUAAAACCCCAAAUUAGGACAAGUGUGAAAAGCGCUACCAGUAAGGGGAUAGAGCCUACCAAAAUUAAACAUGUGGUGAAGAAACCACCGAGCAGGAUGAACCCCGUAGCAGGAAAGGGUGAGCAAAGGGGGGGAGUUGGCCAAAGGAUGGGGAGUGUCACUCUUAGAAGAAACAUUACCGGGAGAGAGAAGAUGCACUUAAAAAGGGGAAGCUGUGGUAGGAAGAAUGGCCCCCUCGCUGGGGGAGCCUGUUGCAUAAGGAUGAGGAGCAGGAGAAAGGGCGAGAUCUCCCCAGGAUGUCCCAGAAGGGAGAAAGGGAAAAUGAAAGAAAGAGGGAGGGAAAACGAAAAAGGAAAGUCCAAAACAAAAGAGAACGGAGAAAGGGGCAAAGGGGAACAAAACCACUCGAGCGCCACUGUUAGAAGCCGCAUAGAAGACAAGCGCCAGGAACUGUUGUGCAGUGUCAGAGAAAGACUCUCGGGGGGGACUAGCCACGAACAAUUGGGGGGGAGCGGCACAGGGGGUAGGGUUCCAGUACAGUUGGAGCGUGAGAUGAGAUGCGGCGUUAUGAACACGCACGUCUACACUUAUGUGGGUAGCCAAUUGGGCGCGUAUGGCGGGGAUGCGCCUGAGGAGGCACAGCAAUGUGAGAAAGAGAGCAGCUCGUUGCUGCACCCACCCCUUUCAAGCAACACCUACCAAGUGGGCGCAUCGUGUGUAUAUGACCACGUUACGAAUUGCGAACAAGGAAGAGAAAGGAGCCAUGGAAAGAUCAACACAUGGAGCAGUGAUGAUGAUAUAAUGAUGGGGACUGUCCCAUCUUCAUCUGGUACCUCUAUCCAGGGGAGCAAGUCCAUCACAUGGAUCGGCUCUCGGGUAAAUGAAGCCGUGGUCAGGGGAAAGAGGAGAUCACACAGCUUGAAUGCUGAACAGGAAAGUAGGUCGGUGAACCCCCUCAUCCUUACGAAUGACCUACGCAUUAAAAUAUGCUACAGUAACAACUACGCAGAUUUAAGGAGGAUGGGAGGGCUUCUUCCCCAUGAGAGGGUUGCUCCUGGUGCAGCGGAAGAUCAUGUGGGCACAAAAGUGAAAAAAGAGUCUUCUAAACGAGUAACACACAAGGUACCCAAAUACGUAACCGAAGCGGAGCCACAAAUAAAUUAUUCUCAAGUGUCCUACCACAGCGAUGAUCACCUAAACAUAAGUGAUGACCUGUUCCUCAUUUCGCAAGACUCAGAAAAGAUGAAAUCAAAUGGUGGCUACCUGGACAGAAUAAAUUUGAAGGAAAUUUUUGACCGAGACCAGGGAUGCUGCACCUCCUCCAACAGUUGGGAGGGACAAAAGACAGAGUGCCACACAUGUAUGGAAGGUAACAUGCUACACACUUUUAAUUUUGUAAAUGCAGAAAACGGAACUCCUCAUCUGGUGGAACAGAUGGAGAAAGAUGUUUCUUGCGUGAGAGAUGUGGUUGGUGAUGAGCAGGGGGCACAUGGAUUAGAAGGAGAUGAAUAUAUCGACCUAGAACGUACAAAUGAGCAGUGUAUCGGGUGGUGUACCCCCCAGCUAGGACAACACGAAAUGGAGAACAAUUGUUCACAUAAAAACAGGGCACCCAUCUUGAAGGGGAUUGACUUCAACAUCAGUGUUGGAAGACGCAAAAAGGACAAUCACAUACUUAGUAGUGGAAUAAAAAUAAAAAAGCAUUCUUUGUGGACAAGUGCACACAGUGUUGAACAAGAUGGAAGGAGUGAUGAUGAGGGGGAGAGGCAGACAGAUGAGAACACAAACGAUGCACACAUAAGUGAUCAUACGGAAAAUUUAAUCGCACCCUGUUUAGGUGAAAAAGAGGAGGAGGAGAAGAAGAAGAAGGUUUAUAUAAAUCCAUUUACCCUCGAGAAUGGAAGCAACUCGACGUCAGCGUCCCUUUGGGAGUGUCCUAGUAGAAACUUCAUUAACAAUUCGCAUUUUAAUUAUUUGGUGAGUGAGGAGAGUCACCGGGACAGCAUGAUGAAGGUGGUAGAGGACAAAGUGAGUGGUGAGGUGUCACUAGUACCCUGCCUUGAACCGAAAGAAAAGAUUAAUAAUAAGUUUCAUAUAAAUACCAGCGGUGGAAGAAACAAAAACGAAGCCUUUCUCAAAUUGGUAGGAAUAUCUCAAAUGAAAGGAACAACAUUAGGGAAAUUAAAAAAAAACUUCAAAAUAAAUCAUCCUUGUGGUGGAGUGUCCACAGAAGGGGAGGAAACUCUUCAUGAAAUUAGCAAUGGGGACAAAAGGGAUACGAACCGUUUUGAACAGCACUCUAAAAGCAGGGACAACUUCCCAUUUGAGAAGGAGAGGAGAGGAAAAAUUGUGAAGAAGAAAGGUAGUGAUGGUGUGCUCCAACGUCCGCAUCUACACACAGAGGACUCUGUCAUUGGCCGAGGGGUGACGCAUUCCACUGCAAACACGAUUGGCACAAAGUCGACCGACACAACACACAAGGACAAGGCUGGAUAUGGUUCCCCAACGGGCAAGGAAGAGAGAAAAAAAAAAAAGAAAAAAAAAAAAGAAAAUGAAAAGAUAGUAAAAAAAAAAAACAUUGUAGGACAGAAGAAACGUAGCCAAUCAACGAAAACGCCUCAACAUUGCGAGAAAAUUUUUUCUACCAAAAAUCAGGGCAAGGAGAACACAUACCCAUUAGACGCUUCCACAGUUCAAACGAACGGCACGAGUAAAAAGGUGGCUCCGCAUGUGGGUAAUAACACCCAAGAGGCAGCAUGUCAACCUGGAAGAGAAAAGGCGCAGGGAAGAAGUGGUCUCCCAGCAAAGAGCUCCUCCUCUUUAGUUAAUCACAACGGUGACUCCACGUGGAGUGAAAAAAAAAAAAAAAAAAAAAAAAAAAAAGUGAAAAGAAAUAGUUGCCAAAUCCACCAUUACGACAAGGGGAAUAUAAAAGACGAAGAAAAAAAAAAAAAAAAAAUCCCAUCAUCAUAUGCUGUUUUGCAAAUGCUCAUUAGGAAGAAAAGAAAAAAGGGACUUACAAAGACUGAUGGGGAGGGGAAAACUCUGAAGAGGGUAACGUGCAAUCUACACAAGUGCGACGUGGUGGUGGGGAGGGAGAGACAAGGAUGUGUAUUUUCUCCCCAAACACGGAAUUCCAAUUUUAAGGCCCGAAGCGGCUGCAGUGUCGCACUUUGUGGAGCCGUUCCGGGGGGAAAAACGAAAAAAAAAGGCAAAACUCAGAAAGGCUCUAAAGGGGUUAAACGGGUUAGAAGUGAGAAAGGAGGUGGUCUGCGUAAAGUAGAGAAAGAAUGGCAGGUCAGGAUGAAGGACGAGGUUCUUCUUGCAACACAAGACGACUGCUUUGCAAAUUUGGCUAACGGGAUCGACUGCGGGGACAGUGCCCCCAAGAAGGAGAAGCGGGCCAGGGAUGCCAAGGAAGCUAACAACGUCAGCAGCGCCAUGCCAAAUAGUGAAUCCAAGACGACCUCUCCUCCGAGUGAUAUCCACCAAGAGGGAGGAAGAAUUCGCAAAACGGAUUCAACACCUGGAGGACAAGACCCCCCCGAGAGUCCCACCACGAAUGGGUUAGAAAAAAUACCCCCAAGCAAAGUACGCACAAAAAUGAGUACAAAAAGGAGUAUCAGAAAGAGAGAGAAAGGAAGACCGUGUGAUGAAGCAAUGAAGGAUGGAACAGCCAUCUCAUUUCCCUCCCUUCGCAAUGUACUGCUCACAGAAGAUAUGCAACGAAGCGCCGUUCCUGAGAGAAGCCAUUUUUUAGGGCAAAGUGGCCAAGAGGUGUCUGUGCUGGAGGAGCUUAUUCAGAAAGGAAGAUGCCAGGUCGAGGUGGAAAAGGAGAGAAGCAUAAGGAGGGGGUGUGAGGAAUGGACUGACGAAGCAAGGGAGAGAACUAGCAUAGGGAUAGAACCCGAAACGGUACACACGGUGAAGAGGGAAAGGAGUGAUAAAAUGGAAUGGAUGGAGGAGAUGUCAGAAGCGGACUCGCUCGGUGUAGACGGCGUGGAAAAAUUUCACCAGACGUUUUAUGAGGAUAAAUUGGACUUCCCCUUAGGAGGGUUAAGCGGUAGCAGCAGUUGUAGAAGCUGUGGCAGUGUUCGGAGGAGAGAGGCAGACCUGCAACACGCCACGGGGGGAGUGCCCAGAGAUUACGCUGAGAGUGGAAGCGCCGAGGAAGGAAGAAGAGGAAACAAGGGAAAUGAUCCCACUUGCGGAAAAUUUUCCUUCUCACUUAACUUAGAGAAAUACGUGGCAGAUCACCGGAUAAAUCAGAUUCAUUUGAAAAGGAGCCUCUUUGGUGGUAACCAGGAGGGGGAACACAUAUUCAAGUGCACAUCGGGGUGUGAUCCUGAUUUAACUGAAUGCGGCAGUGCACUAGAAAGUGCUCACAUGGGAAAGGUGCUUAUAGAGAAUCCACACACACGAACGAUUGAGCAGAUUGAAGGUAGUAAUGUGCCCCCUCAGAGGAGAAGACAAAUUACGUGGGGAACAGAAGAAACCAACACGAGAAAUGUGAAGCCACUUUUUUUUAAAUGUAAUGAAAGACAAGUGAUGAAUGCUAGGGAAAGGAAAAGUGUCACUAAUGAUUUGAAGCAAGACGUACCUCACUUUAAUAUGAGGAAAGAUGCAUACCCAGAUGAAGAAGAAGGAAAAGGUUGUUUGAGUUCUCCAUGUGACCAGGUCAUGAAAGAUCAGGACUGCUCAUCCUUACGCUUCAAUGAAGGAGGGAUCGAACUUGGCCUCUUUUCGAACAGCAAAGGAUGUGCUAGCUUUGGUGAAAAGGGAGAUGGUGAUGGUAGUCCCUCUCCUCACUCGGCUGCAAACGGUGCCAAGUGCAUUCCAAGCCUAUUGAGUAGGACGAAAAGUUUGGUUUUUCGGAGGGGAAGAAGUGACUGCGAUGGGGGGACAACACUCACUGAGGGAGUUGCCAUUCCUAAUGGAGGCAGAAGCAUGAUCACCAAAAUGACACAUCAUGUUGACACACUAGAUGAAGAAGGAAGCUUAUUUAAAAAAAAGAAAAUUACAAGUGGUUCCUCCCGAUCAUCACUACUACUUCCUAAGAGGGACGUAGCGGUGCGGACAGGCAGAGUAAAUAUUUUCAGAAGGGCCAAAAGUUGUUCCAUACUUAAGGGCAAUGUCUUGGAACGCGAUUGUGCGUUUGACGUGGAGGGGAAAAAGUGGGUCGGCAAAUCGGGCGGCACAGCUACCAUGGCGAGAGCCAGAACGCCAGUGGGACAGUCCACCAAGCCCAGUACAGCUCUGAAGCGCAGUGCACUGACCUGCCGAAAGACCCUCGGGGAAAGCCACGCCAUUCAUAAGAGCCUCGUGAAAGGUGUGCAGACCCAGACGAGUGGCUGCUUGUGGAGGCCCUGUUUUUUGUUUGAGAGCGGCGUGAAAGAGUGA